AUAUAAAGCGAGAAGCCAGAAGUGUGGGGCAGAAAUCCGGCUAGUGAGUGGUGGGUGUCGUAGGAGAACAUGUGGUUGCUUCAGAAGUGGAUGUGACAUGAUCGGAGACUUUAAACGUUGUUUAUGCGACACGUUAACAAAUCUUCGCAUCUGAUAAACUGACGCCUAAUUUUUGUAAUUUAAAUAGUAGUGUUUGUAAAUUUAAACCAUUUUCUGAAACUGUAUAAAACUGUCUGCAAAUAACUAAUUUUACUCAACUGAAUACAUUAUUUCAGAAAAAUGUAAACUGUGUCAGAUUCCAAUACAUGCCUUUUAAUGCAAUGAAGUGAGCAUGAAAGUGUCUAACAACGUCUGUAGUUGUGAAAUGCUGUGAAGCGAAAUUAAAUCAAAGAACGUCACCCUGAAUGACGUAAAAUUAACGCAACGAAAUGACGCCAGUUGCAUCGUUCAUCGUAUUAGGUGUCCUGCCAAUAAUCAGUACUGUGCCUACACUAGAUGAUGGUGUACUGUGGGCACUUGGAGAAAGUAACAGUUCAGAUAAGUCUUCUGUGGCUCUUCUUGUUGGCUCUGAAGGGGGCUAUUUGUCAUUCUCCUGCAAUGACAGAGAAAAUGGGUUGUACGAAGAUCCAGUAUCUUGCAGCCUUCAUUACAGGUGUUCUCAUGGCUAUCGAGAGGUAUACAAGUGUCUGGAUGGCUACCUAUUUAAUGCAGAGACAAUGCGGUGUGAAGAAGAAAUUAAUGUCACCUGUGUUGAUACAGCAUAUGAUCCAUGCAAGAGGCAAGGUGAUGGUAUAUAUGCAAACUACAGCACCAACUGCCAAGAUUACUAUAGAUGUGAGGGCCACACACUGACCAGUCGCUACUCAUGUGAUCGAGGCUUCUUAUUCAGCAUGGUGACACAAGGCUGCAUAUCAUCUAGUAAAGUGACAUGCAUAAAGCCACAUUGUGCCACAAGCGGCAGUGGUUUCUAUAUCAUCCCAGGCACCAGCUGCCGUGCAUAUUAUCACUGUGACAAUGGUGUGCGCACUGAUUACCUCUGUCCUCUGGCCACCAUUUAUGAUAGACAUAAACAGGCUUGUGUUCGAGAAGCUGGUUUGUGUUACGAACCUCUUUGCACUGGUCGAGUAAAUGGCCACUAUCCUGAUACCUCACAUCAAUGUGAGCGUUCCUUUGAGUGUUCUGGCGGCACUCUGAAAGCUGUCUACGGCUGUCCUGCUGGACAACUGCAUAAUGGUCACACAUGUCUACCUACCGAUGCAGUGCCCUGUCAAGCUCCUGAGAGCACUGCUGUGGCUAUUCAAGUACCAACUUCAAAUCCCUGUAUGAACCUUCCUGAUGGUUCCCAUACUACAGAAUUGAAUGAUAAUUGUCGCAGCUAUAUCCUGUGUAGAGCAAGCAAAAAUGUUGCAACGCUUCGUUGUCCUGUAGGGUUUCGCUAUGAUGGUAGACAAUGUGCAGAUGCAGCCAAAACUCCUUGUUUUUCAGACUGUCUACAUCGUUCUGAUGGUUAUUACACAGAUCUGAUAACUGGAUGCAAAAAUUACUUUUACUGUUCAAGAGGUCAGAUGACAGAGCGCAGGAUCUGUGUAGAAGACACACUGUACAAUGGACACAUGUGUGUUCCUUCUCAGUUAUUCACUUGCCCCCUGGAUUCUCCAGCAUCUCUUUCAAAUAAAAGAAACAGGUGUUCCUCUCAAACAGAUGGCUUCCACACAGAUUUUGCCAGCAGUUGCCAGGGCUACUACUUUUGCUUGGAAGGAAAGGUGAUAUUAGAAGGUUCAUGUACAGUAGGACAGGUGUGGAAUGGUAAGACAUGUGUUGAGCAAAGAAAGUUCCUCUGCAAGGGGCCUGAACCAUGGGCAGGAUGUGUAGGCAUGGCAGUGGGAUUAUACCAAGACCACAGUUCUCAGUGCCGUUAUUAUUACUACUGUGAGAAUGGGAAUCGGACACAGCUUGUAUGUCCUCAGGGUCAACUGUUUGAUGGGAAGUCUUGUGUAUCUUCAACUGAAUAUAAAUGCCCAAACAUAGAGCCUGAUGUCUGUAACCAGAAACCUGAUGGUUAUUACACUGAUCUGGAUUCCAGUUGCAGGUCAUAUUAUUACUGCUCCAAAGGAUAUAAGUUCACAUAUGUGUGCACAGGUUCUUAUGUCUUUGAUGGGAAAGAAUGUGUGGAACCAAGUAGCUACAAAUGUCCACACACCUCAAGUGACUGUGUGUCUCUAUCCAAUGGGUAUCACUAUGAUAAGAUUUCUGGAUGCCACAAAUAUUUCUACUGUUCAAAUGGUGACAAGAUAACAACUCUUACAUGUACAGGAAAUAAGGUAUUUGAUGGUAAAAGAUGUGUGGAAUCUUCAGAGUUCCAAUGCCCUGACCCCACGCCAGAAAACUUAUGUGCUUCACGACCAGACGGAUUCUUUGCACACACAGGCAGCAGAUGCCAGAAAUAUGUUUAUUGCAAGGAUCAGAAGCAGAUGUCAAUUUCUACUUGCCCUGAUGGGAAGGUAUUUGAUGGAUCAGCCUGUGUUGAUAUGUGGAAUAAGAAUACUUGUAUUUCUGUGGUAGUUGAGCCCAAUCCCACACGCAGUCCACACUGCACAAAUAUGCCUAAUGGUUUCUAUCAGAACUACACCUCUGGUUGCCAUAGCUAUUUCUACUGUAUUGAUGGCAUGAAAACAAUUCUCAAUUGCCCUGGAAAUGAGGUAUUUAAUGGGCAAUUAUGUGUCAGUUCUACCUCAUAUACUUGCCCAACUGUGUCUACUACACAAACAAAUCCAUACAUUUCAAACAGUUCUGAACACAAAACUGUACAAAAUGGAAAGUAUGUGAUUCCACAUAUUUUUCCUCCAACUUGACGAGUACUUUUGGUCUUCUUUGUUAAAAAAAUAUAUGAAUAAAUGUAAAUUCUCAGGAUUAAACUAAAGCACUAACCAAUCUGUUCAUUUCAACAUAACAAAGUAAAACUUAAACCUAAUGAAGUAUAGUGCAAUGUGUUCAAUUCUUGUUCAGUAAAGUUAAAUGACAUACAGAGUUUGUGACCAGGCACAAAAUUACAUUUCUGGUGUAGCCCCUACCAGAACAUUUCAAAAUAUAAACAUCAACCAGUAAAUUUCAGAAAUUGUCAGAAUUCAUCAGUGCUUUAUAUGACAAAAAGCAAGCUUGAGCACUGCUUAGGAAUAUUUAACAAUCAUUUAAAAAUAUUUUAAUUUUAGUUUUUUUUGUUAUUAUUUAUUUGUUAUUUUAACUGACACAUCAUAAAAUAUUCACAAUUGGUGUGGUUCUCCUCUGAUCUAAAGAUAAUACUAAGAAUACACAUUAAAAUAUGCAUACUUAAGUUCGCUGUGUGAAUAAACUACUCUGGACCUAUAUAUUUUUGAUAAUUCUCAGGUAUAUGCUUUCUUUUCUCAGCUAUCCAUGUACAUUUCUCUGUACUGCAUAACAUAACAAAGCCAAGAUACACACUCUGGUGUUAAAGAUUUGAAUAUAUUUUGAAGUUGUAUUUAUAAAAAGCAAUUAUAAUAAUCUGUUGUUGGAACAUUUAAUUAUGAGAAAAUAGUCUUUUAAACUUUUUCCAAUUUAUUUAAACCAAUGUUAGUAAAAGAUAUUACAGUAGCUCCAAUUUUUUACUAAGAAGAUAUGAGCCCAGGGCAGAUUCCACCAAUAAUAUAUUAUUCUUUACUCAAAAUACUUGCCUUAAGACAUGUAAUGGCUUGUGUGGAAAUUAGUUCUUCAGGUUCUUGCAUGUUGACCAUAUAAUAAAUAUUUGUUCUAGUUCUCACAAAAGACAAAACCCAUGGUGGCAGCAGACAAGAUUAUACAUAACUUUAAGGAUGUGGCCAUGUCUAUUCAACACAGCUUACCUAACAGAGUCCUAUGAUUUUGCAGGCAAGGGUAAAAUACCAUGAGUAAGGACAUAACUGUGUCAACUCUCAGCAAAAUUUAUACAUCACAACAGCAAACAAAAUGUGAUGUAAUUAUGACUACAAACUAUCUCCAGAAUGCUUAUCUCUUGUUUUACAUCUGUGUAUUCAGUGCACUUUCUCAUCUUGGCAAUCGUGCAAAACAAUUAGUACUAUGUAUGUCAAGGUCUAAAAUAAAUCACAAGAUUUCUUUAA